CAGCCCAAAACGGGCGUUUUCAAAAAAGCUGGGCCCAAAUGUGCGUUUGGUAACUUCAAAACGCAACUUUUAUAAAAAAGUUGCGUUUUGAACUUUUAGAAAAGCUGAAGGGAAAACGCGCAACGGAAAUGGAGGCUCCCUGGUCCAUAAAUCAAAACGCGCACAGCGCGUUUUGUUAUAUUACCGUUGCAAAGAUGGAAAGACCGAAAUACCCACACAUUUUCUGUGCGCGUUGUGCCCUCAUCUCUCAUCUCUGCUCUCCCUUCGCAUUUGACGCCUCCAUCUGUUCUCUCUGCCGUGCUCUGCCUUCGUACCAAAAACACUGAUCUGCUACCAAAAACCAGAUGGGUAAAAACAACACUUCCAACUCCAAGGCAAAAAAAACAAGAGCAGUAUGGGUAGAUCCAAGUUGGACAACUACUUUUUGUAACCUUUGUGUGGAAGAGAUUGAAGCUGGGAAUAAGGGAAUCUUUGCUGCCUUAAGUGCCAAAGGUUGGAGCAAUUUGGUAAUCAAAUUUCGUGAUGAGACUGGUCUAAACUAUGAUAAGGAACAAUUAAAAUGUAGGUGGGAUGUAUUAAAAGCAGAUUGGAGAGUGUGGGAAAAAUUGAAGGGUGUUGACACAAAUUUAGGUUGGGAUGCAGUGAAGGGAACAAUUGAUGCUAGUGAUGAUUGGUGGGACAUGAAGUUGAAGGAAGUACCCAAAGCUUCAAAAUUUCGACAUAAAGGUCUACAGAAUCUACAACAACUUGAUAGAAUGUUUAGGGAUAUUGCAGCAACUGGAGCAGAACUCAUGUAGUACAAUUUUUUUUAUAUUUUUAUGUAGUACAAUUUAAACUUCGAUUA